AAACAGAAAUUUCAAAAGAAUUAACCGCGUUCAAAACGAAGCGUACUAUUUGAAAGUAUUCCGUCAUCCACUUGAAAGCAAGAUUUAUUAAAAUCUGCAGUUGCUUUGUUAUUUGUAACGUUAUUCUGUCUUUGGACAACCAAGAUAUUCUGCAUGAUGAUGGAUCGUAAUCCACGCUUUCCUGACUCCAGAGGGACGAGUUUUUCCCCAAUUCUGAGGAGAAAUGUGUGUUUUCCUCCUGGGAACUUGUCUCGCUUGGCCCCAAGAUUCAACCAGGAUUCAAACAACAACAACCGAGCCGUAGAAACCAAAAAGGACUUUUCUGGAUUGGGCGCUCGGAGUCUCCCCGCCCAGCCUACAGACCUGCCGAUGGGGAUUGUGGAGAAGUACAGGCGAGGGGAGACCCAUGCAGUGUCAGCCUUGUACCAGCUGUCGCAGGUUCUCAAGUUUCAACUGGUCAUGAAGGAAACGGUGACCCCAGAUCAUGUCCAAAGUCUGUCCUUUGCCUUCUGUGCUGUGAUUGAUGGGGUGAAGUACAAGACGGGAACUGGGAUGAACAAAAAGGAGGCCAAAGCCAAGGCCGCGCGGCUGGCCCUUGAAGAGCUGCUGCCCUCGUUCGAGUCGCAGCCUCAGCUCCCUGACGCCGCAGUCAGUCCACCUCCUUUGCCUGUGAAAGAGUUUCCUUGCACUGAUUUCUACCCUGGAAGGUCAGCUUGUGGACGGAGGAGUUCCUUAUAUGAGCAGAUUACACAAGUCGUCAAGAAAGAGUUCAAUGAGUUAUUGGAGAAGUAUCCAGAAUUUAACUGCUCCAGAAAGACAGUGGCAGCUUUUGUCAUUCAAUCACCCACAGGAUAUGAAGUUGUAGCAAUUGGAACAGGGGACACGAAUACUAACCAGCACGCUACCGCAAAUGGACGACUUCUUCAUGACUCACAUGCUGUUGUCACUGCAAGACGUUCCCUGCUGCGGUACCUGUACCGGCACCUUUUACUGUUUUACAGUAAAAAAUCCACAAUGGUAAAGAAAUCAAUAUUUCAGCUGGAUCUGAACUCCCAGCUUCUCACUUUAAAAAGAAACAUCACUAUCCAUCUGUACAUGAAUCAGCUGCCGAAGGGGUCUGCACAGCUUCCACCUCGCCUACAUUUUAACCCAUGUUCUAUUUCUGCCUGGGAAGUGAACAACCAGAUUGGCCUGCAUGUGACGAUAGAAGGCAAAGUCUUCUCUGUGUUUUCCUCUCCAUUAACCCAGAUGCCCACCAAGAUAGUGAGCAUGUCAGCAAGUGACAAAAUUACUCAAUGGCAGGUGCUUGGUCUGCAGGGAGCUCUCCUAAGCCAUUUCAUUGAGCCCAUCUAUGUCGGAAGCAUUUUAAUAGGGGAUGCCAGCUGCAGUGAUGUCCGUGGACUCGAGAUUGCUGUCAAACAGCGGGUUGAAGGGAUCACUUCAAAGCUUCCCAUGUAUUACUGUGUGUACAGACCUCACAUCAGCCUGGCUUCUGCUGUCCACACAACAGAAGUGAAUUCAGGCCAGAGGGCACUGAGUAUGAAUUGGAGUAAGGGUGAUAUUUCUGUGGAACUGGUGGAUGGAUUAACAGGGAAAACAGUUGAAGAGUCACCAUUUAAAACUGGUGUGGCUCUGGCAAGUCGCCUGUGUAAAACUGCAAUGCUGAGCCGAUUUAAUUUAGUUGCCAAAGAGGCUGAAAGAGAAGACCUGCUUCAUGCUACCUCUUACUAUGAAGCAAAGAUGUCCUCAAAGUCCUAUCAAGAAGCAAAAAUCGUCCUGAAGACCUGUCUAGGGGAUAGUGGCUUUGGUUCUUGGCUUGUGAAGUCGCCAGUCAGUGACCAGUUCUGUAUAUAACUGCACAUCAUGAAGAGGACUUAGAAGGAAGUCCUUCACAGCCAUAUACAUGGUAAUAAAGUACUGAUUAGCAGCAAGCACUUGUGUACCGAGAACUUUUUGGAAAUCGCUGAUUUAAAAGAUUCAGAAUGUUUUCAGAGCAAAGUCUCUAGUGUGUGUUACAUUAGUGAUGCAUGUACAUUGAUGCAUGCAAGUGAACUAGCUUAUUUCUGUUUGUUCUGUUUGUAGAACCUAUAAACAAAAGUAUCUUGCGUUAGUCUAAAAUUUGCAUUUUGCUUUAAUCAUUUAAGUCAUGUAAAAGAUUUUCUUAAUAUUGAUGAUGUUCUCCAUUUGCAUUGUGAGUGGAAGGAUUCUGUUAUGAGCAUAAAGGUUUUGAGGAAUUUGUCUAUGUUCUUAAGUCCUUAAGUAUUUAAAGUUGUGAGAGUUGUAUUUUCAUGCACAGGAUCUAAAGCAAGCAUAAUUAUUGCAGUUCUGUUUAAUGUACAGGAGAAAAAUAAAAUGCCAAAAAAUGAUAGAA